AUGCUCCAUCUUGGAAUAUCCUUCACCGACGUUUAUCAUAUGCUAGCCUCAUUCAUUAAUAACGCGGUUCACGGAAAUCUGGAGAUACACCUGAGCACGUGUCUGGCUUUAAGUAAGCUGGCCAGAGAUAUGGAGCAAUUAAGAGGUAAGCCUUUGAGCAACUCUCCACAUUCACGCAUCGAUGAUAUUUACUUUCUAUCGACCCUCCUGCAUUUCUGUAGAGUGUCGUUCGCCAUGUACGGGUGCGUAGGUACAAAGUAUAAUCUAGGGUACCGUAGGAAUUACAUACCAGCAUAUAAUACUCGCACUAGACUGAGAUUGAUUGGUUGGCGUCUCCUACAAUCUGCAGUUUGCGCCGCACCAACAAUAGAGAGGAUGACAAGUAAGUGUGGCAGAACCAUAUAUCCGUCUGUAGACUACUGGGCGGAAAGUGAGCUGAAGGAAGAAAGCCUGGAGGAUUUUCUUCCAGCUACUCCAAGCUGCACUCGAAGACUUACAAUGGAGCUCAAUAUAGAUGAUCACCAACGAAUAUUAGAUAUAGAAAGGAAACGACUGACGGCUACAAACAACAAGAAGCAUACAGAGCAUGCCCAAGCCGACAGUGAGCAGAUAAUUCAUGCAGUAGAAGACCCCAAUAUCCAGGAUCAUGAGUUUAUAGGCAACAGUGGGCGUGCAUGUGGUAUACGUUAUGAUUGGCAUGGCAGUAGCAAUGCACGCGAGAAGACCCACUGUCAAUCCAGUACUCAGUCAGAAUACAUCCACGGCUGCCCCCAGGAUUGGCCUCUGAGUACCGAAAGGCUUCAUAGAGCCUUCAGUAUGGAUUACAUAAAUACAGCAACACAUCACCAAGUCAGUGAGUACUUGGCGGAGUGCGACAACGAUCUAUAUGCUUUUAUAACAGAAAUGGGAGUAACAGCUGACCAGAUACUUUUGUUUUACGUGACAAACCAGGCCUUCGAAACUCAUCAUUGCCUAUAUGUAGAUCCAUACAGGCGCGAAGUGGUUGUUGCGGUCCGGGGGACAAUGUCUCUUGGUGACAUAAAGGUCGAUCUUACAGUAGGAUAUACUCGAGUGACGCGACCACCACCCGCCUAUGAUGACCUGAUAUGCAGUUGUUUGUAUCCAUCAAUUAGUAGUCAAUCUGCAAUCUCGACGAACAAAACCACGUCUGUAUCCACCUGCAAUCGAAAAAUACCCAAAAGGCUCCGUAACAAGCUAUUCAAGGAUCACAUAGUAGAUUAUACCGACAAGAGCAUGGAGAAUGGGAUGUAUGCACAUCAGGGAAUCUACCUAGCAAGCAGCAGCCUCUUCUAUACAAUCAAACCAUAUAUUGAACAGCUGUUUUCAAUCGUAAAGGACCGGCACAGCUUCACUACUUACUUCCGAAAUGAGAGCAUCUUGAACGAUACAGCAGACUGGCCAUAUACCUUUAUUUUUACCGGCCACAGCUUGGGCGCCGGAGUAGCCGCCUUAUUGGGCUACUUCUUCCGGCCACUACUCGGGGAUAGGGUACGGGUUUAUGGCUUUGGAGCCCCACCAACAGUGUCUUUGCCGCUGUCUAGGGAGCUGGGGAUGUAUUCAUAUCAAGUCGCUCUUGAGUGCGAUGUGGUUUGCCGCUUAUCUUUGAGCGCCAUCCAGACCACACUGUGGCGUGCAUCCUUGCGUGAUGAAAUACAAAAAAGAGGAUUGGUUGAUAGACUAAUGACUAUGUUAGAGUAUACUAAUGACUCCGCGAGACUGCCAGAAUACAGUGGAGGCGUAAGUGCAUCCUCUCAAUCGCUCUUGCAUGAGUUGUCUGACGAGGAUCUUCUGCAGCUGUAUAUUAACAAGCUAUCCAGACCGUCGUUUGAGAAGACCCUCACCCUCCAUACCCCGGGAUCUCUCUUGAUUCUCGAGCUUCUGCAUGCACAAGCUUCGCCCCCGUGCCCGCGAUCGCUUGCUGAUAUUAAUAACUUAUGUGCAGGCAAGGGGGUAUUCGAUCUAAGAGGGCAACGCUUUGCACAGCUUUAUGAAGGAAACUCUGCGUCUAUUGAAGAGCUGAUCAUCACAAAGGAUAUGUGGGCUCAGCACCUUAUGUACUUCGAAUACCUACUAUUGGUAUAUUAUGGCCUGUUUCCCACGUCUGACCAUUCUAACCUAUCGACGAUCCAAAUAAAUGAUUGA